AUGAGCACAGCGGGGAGCUUUUACUACCUACGUCCAGGCACUUUCGAUGUCCUAGGAUACAGCUAUGGCAAGCUGGAAGGAGUGGCGUCUCGCCGUGGGAAGGUGAAGAUCAACCUCGUGCUAAGCGGACGAUGGGCAAAUGAGAAGGUUCAAGUUAGCGAGGUAACACUCGCAGACAUCACCGAACGUGAGGUGAGCGAGGCGGAAGCUCUUCAAGGACCAGGCACUUUCGCCACUGAGGGGCGUCAGAGUCUGGGCGCCGACAACCUCCAGGACGUGUCCGUGGAAAUUUACGCACUUAGACCGUGUGCUUCGUGCGGUACCAGUGCUGUCAUGCCGAGGGAGCUGAAACAAAUCCACGAAAAGGUGUAUAAGAAGUUUAACGGUGCGGAUCAAAUCGCAUUGCGGAACGUCGACGAGUUAGUAGUGGACGCUCGUGUAAAACCCGUCAACGAGGCUGUCAUCCUGCCAAUCUUUGAUAUUACCAACUCCGAGCUAUGUCACGUAAGUGUGAAUUACAUUCUGGAUCACGUAUUCUAUAAGGAUGGCAAUCGCCCGCCACCCGAGGGGCUGGUACUCAAUGAUUCAAUAUUCACGGCAGUAGAUUCGGUUACUGACGUGGUUAAUACGCCUACCCAAUUGGAGCUGAAUGAGUCAUUAAACGACGGUUUGAGCGACUCCGAAGACGACGAGGUGCAGCGAGUACCCAACCCGAUAACAACACGACGCAACGAGACUACUGACGAGCCACCACGGAAGCGACGUCGAACUGGAGACAGCCCACACGCGGUAGAGGCCAAAGAUCGACUGCACGAGCUUCGCCUGCGCUGUCAAGGAGACCAAGCCUUACAAGCGGAUAUCGACCAGCUUAUCUCACUCAGACGAUUUGAUAAGUCUGGCGCCAAGACCAGUGUCUGA